AUGCCGAACAGCGCCUGGCCUGUGGCUCGGCCCCGCUCGUCGGCGUGGGAGGAGGGGGUCGUGUAUCCCCUCCUGCUGCUCGCUGCGCUGUACCAUGUAGUGCAGUGCAUUCCCGCGUGGUGGCUGCCCGCCCCACUUCGACAGGCAGGGUGGGGCUUCCCCAGCGAUGUGUUUCUCCUCCUGCACAUGCCGACGUCGGUGCCGACGCGCGUGCUGCGAGACGCCCUGCCAGCGCAGCUCUCGUGGCUCGCUCCGAGCGCCGUGCUCGAGGCGCUUCUCGCGCGUCUCUCGAGCGUCGAAGGCCGCAAAGUCUACCUGGUGCUGGGCGCCGCACCGAUCGUCGCGUGCACGCACUGCCACGACACGCAGGACUACCAGGCCUACCGCCUCUAUCAUGUGUGGCGCAUGUAUGUCGCGCAGGCGCUCGCGCUCUCGAUCGCCACGAUCACGCCCCAUGGCACGCUGCCGCGCCUCGUCGAGAACGUCGCGCAGCACGCGUACCCUGGCCUCGUCGCCACACGCACGCGCGCGCACUGGCGCACGCGUGCGUGGCUCGCGCUCCUCGCGCUCUUGGCCGUCGACGUCGGCGCCAUCCUGUACGCCGAGCACCUGCCUCUUCCCCCCGGGCUCUGGGAGCACUGGCACGCGUAUGCGCACAUCGCACGCCACACGCUCCUGCUGUGCCUCGUCGUCCUCGUAGCACGCGGCGUGCGCUGGCAGCCACCGUUCCUCCCCGUCCUCGACGCGCUGCAGGCCGUCGCUGCGACACACACACGAUUCGAGACGCACCUGGCCGCGCGGCCUCCACUUGCCUCGCCUCGUUCAUAG